GUUUCGCCAGUAGAACGUCGAGCGUUGUGUAGUGCGAACGCGAAGUAAGAGAACGAAAGUUCACGUUAUUUCUUUUCUCUAGUCUCAUAGACAAGACUUUGUGAUUAAGUGGAGUGCAGGAUAUAAUGGUGAACAUGGAAGGCUCAAGAGAGCAACAGACAGUGACCGCAUCACCGCCGCCGCGUACCGUUCUCCGGAGCAGUUUCAGCAUCCGGAGUAUCUUACCGGAAGCGUGCGCCGGUACACCUACACCUGCUGAUAGCGGAUGCCCAUCUCCAGCUGUCAGUGGUUGCGCGUCUCCUGCUGCCAGUCAGAUCGAUGGCAGCGAGGAGUCAUGCGACCUGGACGUAACUGGGGAUGGAGGCACUGAUACGCCACCAUUGGAUUGCUCGACGAAUGCCGCGGUUACCAGUAAUACCGGGGAAUCGAAGGAUACAAAGGAUCGGUCUAGCGACGAGAAGAAAAAGUGCGAGAAGCCACCCUACAGUUACAACGCGUUGAUUAUGAUGGCGAUCCGUCAGAGUCCCGAAAAGCGACUCACUCUGAACGGAAUCUACGAAUAUAUCAUGCGCCAUUUUCCGUACUACGAAAAUAACAAACAAGGAUGGCAGAACUCGAUCAGGCACAAUCUCUCGUUGAAUAAGUGUUUCGUGAAGGUUCCGCGGCACUAUGAUGAUCCAGGAAAAGGCAACUACUGGAUGCUGGACCCCAGCUCCGAAGAUGUCUUCAUCGGUGGUACAACCGGGAAACUCCGAAGGAGGACUACAGCGGCUUCCAGGUCGCGCUUGGCAGCCUUCAAGAGGAGCGUCGUCUUAGGAGGACUGUACCCUGCUGCAUAUGCUCCACCAGGCUGGCCAGCGUCCUUGUACAGUCUUCCCUAUUUGCACCGGGCUGCUGGAUACUCAUCACCCACCGGUCCGUACUCCACCCCCGCCGGUUACCCGGCUAGUUUGCUACCGGGCGCAGUGACCACUUCCGCCAGCAGCCUCCCGUGCAAGCCACAACCGCUUCCAGCGACCGCCGCACCUCCAGCUCACGGCCCGUUCUCCAUGGAAAGGCUGCUGCAACCACCCACCGCCGCCGGAUACGCAACCAGCAUCGCUGCUUCUGCCAUACCAGUCUCAGGGAAUCCUUACGACUUCUAUUCGACCCUGAGAUCGUUGGCAGCGCAUCAGCAGCAGCAGCAGCAGCAUCAAACGUCUACCGUAUUCGGCCACAAUCAACAGCCAGGCAGGUACCAUGUGAAUCAACCCACGGUCCUCGGGCAGUUGACCUCCGCCACCGCAUCACCUGGGAGCAGUCCUGAACCGAUGUCGCCUCAUUCACCGCCGGUCACUAUUUGUAAUUCUAUCGCAGUGCAGCAACCCCGUCCGCUACCUCACAAUCCGCCGCAGUUAUUGUUGAAGCCCAUUACUGUUCUUACCGGUAGGCAGAGCUGAAUAACAUUACUGCAGUAGGAUUAAGUAGGUCGAGGAUUGUUUUGCGAUAUGACUUUCAAUCUCGGAACUUUGUAAAUAUGUAUAUAAUCGGUAGAUUUAAGCAUAGCAUUAGUCCUUUUUUCGUUUCCCGUGAUUGUACAUGUCCUGUCGGGACAAGUGAAAACCCAGUUGACUUAGGAGUGUUGCGUUCUGUUAGUCAUGAAACGUCGCGCGGUUAAGUCACGCGGGAAUCCAGUGAUCGCGAAAUUGUACCGAAGACGUGUUAUGCAUAGAACCGUGUUCUUUUUCGUCUUUCAAUUUUUCUAAAUAUAGAUUUAAGUAGGAAAAAACGCGAGUUGAACGUUUAAAAUGUCGGUCGCGAUAUGAACAUUCGGAAACUUAAAUACGCGUAGGGAAAUAGUGUAAUAUUAUUGUAAAUAGAUCCGUCUACGUACAUUGAUCUCUCGUCGUCGAUUCGACCACCACGGACAUUGACAUCGAGCUCCGGUGAUUUUGAUGUUUUCGAGGCGUGCUGGUUUCGCAAUCGAGACUCGUCGGCUUUAUUAAAUUCUGCGAAUAGAAAAAUUGUUAUUCGUGCAGAUAUGAAUUUCGUAUGUGUAUAUAUGUAUACAAAUGACAACCGCGAAUAUACGAGACACAAACAUGUGUAUGAUCGUUGAAAUAAAUGUUCAGACCUUUUAUAGAAAUCUCUUGUGUGAUCUUUGUCGACGUUUACCUGUCAAUCCUGUAUACACUCCCCGGGUUUUUCAUGAUUUCACUUAUUUAGUAUUUAAUACUUAGUUAUUUACUUACUUUUAAAAGAACAUAGUAUUGCUGUCGAUUUCUUUCACAUAGUUUUUGGAAGUU